AGGUCAGGUUACACCGGUCAAACUGAAAGUUACACCCUGUAACACGAAGGAGGAAGUACGUCGGGAGAAAAUACACUGUGACAUAAACACAUGACACAAAAUGAGUCUCUCUGAAGAACCCAAGUCCGAAGAGAGUCUAAUGGAGGACAGAUCAGACUCACCAGAACCCAGCUGUGUCUCCAUGAAGAGUGACCAGUCGAUGGGACAUCCAUAUAAAUUUAAAGAGAAAGACCUCCCUACUGAUAUGAGCUGUGUGUCCAUGAAGAGUGACCAGUCCAUGGGUCAUCCAUAUAAAUUUAAAGAUGGAGACUGUUCCACUGAUCUGGGAAUCCAAAAGAAAGGAUUCAACAGAACACAGAACCUGGAAGCCAUAUUUAAGGAGCUGGAACACAAAGUCAUCACUCUGAUAAAGAAUGAGCUGAAGAGGUUUAGGAAGCUCCUGAGUCUGGAUUACCCAGCAUGCACUGAGAGGGAGGUGGAGGAUGAGGAGGAUCUGCACAGUGUCACAGAGGGAGCGCUGAAGAUCACACUGCACGUCCUGAAGAACAUGAACCACACAGAUCUCGCUAACACACUGCACAAAAAGAUAGAUAAGAACUCUGAGUAUCAAAAAAAACUCAAAUCCAAACUGGGAGAAAAAUAUAAAAGAAUUAAUGAAGGAAUCUCACAGCCUGGAAGCUCAGCACUUCUGAAUGAGAUCUACACAGAGCUCUACAUCACAGAGGGUUGGAGUGGAGACAUCAAUAAUGAACAUGAGGUGAGAGAGAUUGAAGCAGCGUCCAGGAGACCAGCAACACAGGAGACACCCAUCAACUGUAAUGAUCUCUUUAAGGACAAGUCCAUCAGAACUGUGCUGACUAAAGGAGUUGCUGGAAUUGGAAAAACAGUCUCUGUGCAGAAGUUCAUCCUGGACUGGGCUGAAGGAGAAGUAAAUCAGGACAUGUUUGUAUUUCCACUUCCCUUUAGAGAGCUGAAUCUGAUGAAGCAGGGAAACUUCAGUCUGAUAAAACUUCUUCAUUACUUUUUCCCAGAAAUGAGGCAACUACAAUUAAUAAACUGUGACUUCUACAAAGUGUUGUUCAUCUUUGAUGGUCUGGAUGAGUGUCGACUUCCUCUAAAUUUCCAGAAGAAUAAGAGAUUGUGUGAUGUGACAGAGUCAGCCUCAGUGGAUGUGCUGCUGACGAACCUCAUCAAGGGGAAUCUGCUUCCCUCUGCUCUCCUCUGGAUAACCACAAGACCAGGAGCAGCCAAUCAGAUCCCUCCUAAGUGUGUAGACCAGGUAACAGAGAUACGAGGGUUCAGUGAUCCUCAGAAAGAGGAGUACUUCAGGAAGAGGAUCAGUGAUCAGAGCCUGGCUGAUAACAUCAUCACUCACCUGAAGUCUUCAAGAAGCCUCUACAUCAUGUGUCACAUCCCAGUCUUCUGCUGGAUCUCAGCCACUGUUCUAGAGAGAAUGUUGGGUGAAGCAGAGAGUGGAGAGAUCCCCAAGACUCUGACUCAAAUGUUCACACACUUCCUGAUCUUUCAGAUUAAACACAAGGAUCAAAAGUAUCAUCAGAAUUAUGACCCUGAUCCUCAGCAGACCACAGAGAGUAUCAUGGCACUGGGAAAACUGGCUUUCCACCAGCUGGAGAAAGGAAACCUGAUCUUCUAUGAGGAAGACCUGAGAGAGUGUGGCAUAGAUGUCAGAGAAGUGUCAGUGUACUCAGGAGUGUGUACCCAGAUCUUCAGAGAGGAGUUUGGGCUUCACCUGGGGAAGGUGUUCAGCUUCAUACAUCUGAGUGUUCAGGAGUUUCUGGCUGCUUUAUACACAUUAAUGUCUUUCAUUCUUCAGAAGACAAACGUGUUGCAAAACACCGGCAUCUUCAGUUUCUUCAGAAAUCCAACCAUGUCUGAUCUCCUGAAGUCUGCAGUGGACAAGGCCAUACAGAGUGAGAAUGGACACCUGGACCUGUUUGUCCGCUUCCUUCUGGGUCUCUCAUUGGAAUCCAAUCAGACUCUCUUAAAAGGCUUAAUGCCACAGACAGAAAGUAGCUCUCAGAAUGAACAGGAAACAGUGGAGUACAUCAAGGAGAAGAUCAGGGAGAAUCCAUCUCCAGAGAAAUCCAUCAAUUUGUUCCACUGUCUGAAUGAACUGAAUGAUCAUUCCCUCAUGCAGGAAGUACAAACUUAUGUGAACAGUGGAGGUAACUGUCGUCUCAGUGGAGCCAGUCUCUCUCCUGAUCAGUGGUCAGCUCUGGUGUUUGUGUUACUGACCUCAGAACAGGAGCUGGAUGUGUUUGAUUUGAGGAAAUAUGAUCCAUCAGAUGAAUGUCUUCUGAGACUGCUGCCAGUGGUCCAAGCCUACAGAAAAGUGGAACUCCGUCGGUGUAAUCUAACAGAGGACAGCUGUAGAGUUCUGUCCUCAGUUCUUCGCUCAAACUCCAUACUGAGAGAACUAAACCUGAGUGAGAAUAACCUGAAGGAUUCAGGGGUGAAGCUGCUCUCUGAUGGUCUGAAGAGUCCACACUGUACACUGGAGAAACUGGAUCUUCGUGAUUGUAACCUGACUGGAGAAUGCUGUAGAGUUCUGUCCUCAGUACUCACCUACAGACUGCGAAAAUUGAACCUGAGUUACAAUAAACUGCAGGAUUCAGGAGUGAAGCUGCUUUCUGGUGGACUGAAGAGUCCACUCUGUACACUGGAGAAAGUGGAUCUGUGUGGGUGUAAUCUAACAGAGGAAAGCUGUAGAUUUCUGUCCUCAGUUCUCAGCUCAAACUCCUCCAGACUGACAGAACUGGACCUGAGUCGCAAUAACCUGCAGGAUUCAGGAGUGAAGCUGCUCUCUGAUGGACUGAAGAAUCCACAAUGUUCACUGGAGAUACUGGAGAUGUGGGAGUGUGGAAUUACAGAUGACGGUUGUGUUGCUCUGGCUUCAGCUCUGAGAUUAAACUCCUCAUCACAGCUCAGGGAACUGGAUCUGAACGAUAAUAAAACAGGAGACUCAGGAGUGAAGCUGCUCUCUGAGAUACUGAGUGAUACACAAUAUAAACUGGAGAAACUACAUAUGACCAUGAGGUCUGGUCCGAUGUGAUCUGAUGUGAUCUGAUCUCACAAAGUGGAUUCUGACAGUUGAAAGACAUCUUACACACACUGUCACACACUAUAUGAGGUCUUCACUGAACAAACAUGUAAAUAUUUCAUAUCGUCUCUAUUAGAGGAGCCAGCAUCUGUUUAAGGAUUAUUUACCAUGUCUUACACCUUGUUAUAACAAGUCUCUGGGACAGAAAGGCAGAAAGGGUUUUGUUUAUAAAUUAUGUCACUUUUAUAUAACAUUCAUGUCACAGUUUCUCUGUGUGAAGUUUAUGGUGGUCAUGUACAUGACAUUAAGUAAAAAUCCUAAUUUUGGUUGGUUGGUUUUGACACGCUUGGUUCCUGCCCGGUUCCAUAGAGACGGCGGUGUGGACAGAUACAUUUUGGGUGCUGCGGCUUAUUAAAUAUAUGAUAAAUAGUCAAAAAGUUUUUUCUGCAUGACAAAUACAAUGUGCUGUGAGAGAACGUGACUAAAGGCUGACAUGAGGGACGUCACGUUAAUGUGUGAUACUUGAGAGCCCUGGUUUGUGUGUGAUUAGGUCAUUUAUCAUGUCUCUGUUUCUUUGACAUUGUAGAAUCUAAAUGACAUAAAAUCGUUAUUUUCAUGUCUGAAGUGUUUGAUGAAUACUAUAUAAAAUCUUAAACACUCGCUGCCUUUCAUCUUGAUCACAAACCUCCAUCAUCCCUCUGAGACUCCUACAGCUCCGUUCUCCUUUAUUUCUUUUUAAAAAUAUUUAGUGAGAAUCCAGAAUAUUCUCACAUGACUGUAAUAUGGUGUAGCUGCCACCUGACUUUAAUAAAAUCACCCUGAGAACAAUAAACUACAUAAUGACUAA